AGGAUCUUCUGCGCCUGCUCUCGAGGCUCAGAGUCCCUCGCCCAAUUCGCGUCAGUUCAUCGAAAGCUGAAUGGGAACGAGACCGGGCUUUUGUGUUCUCCUUUUCGCUUUCCAGUCCGUGACGUUGAAAAAAACCCUAUCUCGACAUGUCAAAUCUUGUCUGAAAUUCUCGGAUUAAAAGUUGGGACUCGACUUCUCAGGAGACAGUGUCAGAGACCUUUUCUGGACAAUCAGGCAUGCCAGGAAAGAGGAGUUGGCGAGCGCUCGACAUGGAGGAAUACUUCCAGCAGUUCUUGGGCUCUCGAGUUACUAACAUAGACAAACCAAACGACAGGUGGUCCUCCCGCUUCGUUCUCCAUCUCACUAAGAAUGGGGUCAACAGUGCUCUGACUGUUGUUGGUGGCUCCUUUAGAGCGACGACGCCUCGUUUAGAAGAAGUUGUUCCAGACGAGUCAACGAAUGCGAGUGUCGUUCUCAGAGGAAGCAACUGCGAGGGUGAAGGGAUUCUUAUCCAAGACUUGGAGGUGAAAAAUGUAAACGGGUUCAUCAACGAAAAAAUAUUCUAUUGGAGCGCCUUAGUUCGAAUUACACUGAGUGCCGGAUCAAAAAUGUACAAGAUUGGCGAUUUGAAAAACGAUGUGGCUGUUGGGUUGUGGCCAUUCCCCUUGCCGUUCAAGACGGGCCAUCUUUCUGUACACAUGCAGUUCAUGCGCGAUUAUUUGAAUCUACUGGAAGGGCUUCAAGUCUCGGCUAUUGAAUACCAAGUCCCCGGACAGUUGAUCAUCCGUGUUCUUCGAAGCAGCGGAGAGAUGAUGAGCGAGGAGCUGUUGGUCCUGUACAUUUCUGAGUCGCGCAUAUGCGCCUCCAUAGAUGUCGAGGACUCGUACGUGGACCUGCCCAAUCUGACCAACUAUCUCAUCAAUGCCUGCGUCACCGGAGAGCUGUAUUUUGAAGGCAUCAAAACGGCUAAUCUGCAGGGCUCUCGUGGUCCUUGCCCUGGACAGCAGAUUUGUUUGUGCAACCCCUUGCCACAAACCUGGACGGCAUCAGUUGAAAUCGUUCUCAAGUGGAGGAAUUGCAGGAUAAAAAUGGGUGAGCUUUUGCACACUCGAGACGUGUUUAUAUGUGACAUAGUUGGCACUGGAUUAUGGCCUACUACGGUGCCUUUUCGUGCAGGCUUUGUUUGAAGAGCAAGUCUAAGGAGGUCAAGUGCAUCGUCUUGGUAGCGAAGCUGUCGUAUCGUUGCUAUGUUAUCUUCUUUAAUCUAAACUUGCGACCUUGAGGCCAUAGAUUUAGAUUAAGGUGGUUAUUAUCAGAUUUACAGCCUGAUAGGAAAAGCCGAUGAGCACUGUACCUACAAUGAAAUAUUAGCAAAUGUAUAUAUCACUUGUGUAUUUAUAUUUAGACGCCGUAAAUUUUGUUAAGACUUUAGCCUUGUCUAUGUCAUCAGAUGUGGGCUUACAAAGAUGAUUACCGAGUCUGUGCUGGACGUGAGAGUGAAACUAUCAGUUGGAUUAGAGGCAUAUGCUACAAUUUUGCCUCAGAAUUUCUGGAAUUGAGCUUCCUUGCAAUCAAUUUUGUCCAUGUAAGCUGAUCUAUGGCAUUAUGAGGAAAAGG